CAUUUGUAAAAAGGAACCUAAUUGUGCACAAUGUAAUGGAAAACACUACUCUCUGGAUAAUCAAUGUCAGGUAAUUCGUGACUAUAAGCUACAAUUAAAAGUAGACGUUGAAGAAGCUAUAAAUAGUGGCAAAUUACAUCGUAUUCUACCAAAAGAAAAAGCACCAACAUUCGAACUCCGAGAACAAGAUUUUCCAGCAUUGGCAACAAAUACUGUGAGUCAACCUCCGAAAUGGAACAUAGUACAAGGUCUUAUGUCACGUAUACCUAAUACAACAACAGCACCAGAAUCAGAAAUGUCAGUAGGAAGUAUCAAUGAUAAUUUGCUGAAACUCUUAGAUAGCAAUAAACGAAUAGAAGAAAAAGUUGAUCGAUUCAAAAUAGAUUUAAAAGUAGUUACUCUUGAUACUCAAUUACACCAAGCGGUAUUACUCGAUGUUAUCGAAACCAUGAAAGACUUCACUCAAAAAUUUAUACCGUCAUCACUCACGUAUAACAAGAAUGAUAGAGCAUCGUUAAUACCAGUCGUACAGCAAUUCUACAAUCGUUUUUGCUAUGCAGCUAUGAGUUUAAAUGAUGGUUUUCAACUUAAUCGUAAAGUUUCGCAUGCACCAUCACAAAUAUUAAGCAACAACAUUAUUCAACCAACUGCUAUAAUGCCAACAACAGAGAACCUUUAA